AUGUCUCACUUAGAUCAAACGGUGACGAAUGCCCCGUUUCCAGUUCGCACUUCGUCUCCGUUGCCAUCGAUGAGCAACAACAGUGGACAACAUGUGCCUGCCGUUCCUGUGAGGGAUGAUGGUGCAAGACGUUUUUCAAUGCCGUUCAAUGUACAAGGACAGUAUGUGGAUCAACAUGGUUAUGGAUACGGACAAGUGGCUGUUGCCCCACAAUAUGGCCCGUCGAUGCAUCUUUCAUCGAAUGUGCAGCUUGUCACAAACAACUCCCAUCUAGCUUAUCAACAUGGAAUGAUGUUAGCUUAUCCACAAUAUUACGGUCACCCGGGCAACGAUGUUCAAGCGGCUGAUGCUGCUGCGGUUAGGCGUGUUUCGUCAGCACCGAACGUGCAUGGACAAUAUGUGGAUCAACUUGGGCACGGGCAUGGGCAAGGACAAGUAAAUGUUGGUGCACAGUACGGUCAAGCGUCACUCGGUACAACGACUCCACCAACAAAUGUGCCGCAACAUGAUGCACAUCUAGCUUGCCCACAGCGUGGAAUGAUCUAUGCUCCUUAUCCAAACUAUGGCGGUUAUCCAAGUACCGAUGAUCAAGCCGAUGAAAACGCUGUUUCGAUGAGGCGUUAUUCGACUCCUGGCGUGCAAGGACAAUAUUGGGAUCAAUUUGGGUAUGGAUAUGGGCAAGUAAAUGUUGGAGUUUCAUAUGGACAAGCAAUGAUUCAAGGGCCUCUCUGUGAAUCAACGCCACCAAGCUUGCAGCAGCUUCCACACAACGCUCAUCUAGCUUAUCAGCAAAGUGGAAUGCUCUGUGCGUAUCCCAACUAUUACAGUCAGCCAAGCUACGAUGAUCGAGCCAAUGAAGCAACGAUGCGACUUGGCGCUUUGAAGCUGAAUGGCGACGGUCAACGGCCCGGUGCUGGCAAUGCUUUUCGAGGUACUCCACCUGGUUACUCCAAUCACAAGACUCGCUUGUGCAAGACGUUCCAAUCGACGGGAAGCUGCCCUCACGGGGAAAGGUGCCGAUUUGCUCAUGGAGAGAGGGAGUUGCAAUCUGCGGUUCUGCUAACGGGUGAGAAUGAAAAGCAUCAGAUGAGGAACACAAAGUUUGAACCCAAUCAUCAACGUCGAAUCGAAGCUAUUCGGGGAAAUUCACCAACUAGCUACGCCAAUUACAAAACUCGGAUGUGCAGCGCAUUCUCAACCAAAGGAUACUGUCUACAUGGAGAUAAUUGUCGAUAUGCACAUGCUGAAACGGAGCUCCGCUCUGCGACUCCGGUAACUAGUAAUGGAAGGUACAAGACGAAACUGUGCAAGCACUUCGAAUCGAAUGGCAUCGGCAAAUGCAACUAUGGAUCUCGUUGUGAAUUUAUUCACCCAAGCGAUGGGGAAUACAGGAAAAGUGUGACUCCAAAGAAAGAGCAAAGGAACUCUAUCCAACAUCUGUGCAGGAAAGGAUCUGUUGAUGGACCAUCGUUGAACAAG